AAAAUGUGUACCGCAUUCGGAGAUGAUGCCGUUAGUGAUCGAACAGUACAGAAGUGAUCCAAAAAAUUUUCUUCGGGAGAUCUGUUUGAGCGAUGAACCGCACUCAGGGAGACCAAAAAUCACGAACAACGAAGAUCGAGGUUGUGGACGCAAAUUCCAGGACAACGUCCCAAGAACUUGCAGAAAUGUUCAGAUGGCGAUACUUCAGAAUGUUCUACUGAGUGGGAGCUUAAUGGCUCUUACCUAUUUUGAACGGCUGGAAUGAGGCAUCAUCAAUGAACUCAGUCUGUUCGAUGACGCUAAACUGGUACUCUGCCCCAUCUUCUGAAGUUUUGAUCACAUCGCCCCAAUAGAGAAAAUGAUCGUUAUUGACC